AUGAUUGAUCAACGCAUUUUCGAGGAUCUCCAGACCAAGAUCGAUGAGGAGACCGCCGUUCGCGAUGAACUACACGAUAUUGUCCAGACACUUGCACGGAAAGGACGUUCUACACAGGCUAUUCUCUCAAGGGCGCACUCUACCCCGACUGACCAGAGUAUGUUUUCCCUUGCCCUGGAGUUUUUCUGGCACUGGUUACUACGGGCGUUGUUUCCUACCAGCAUCAAGUCUGUCCUUGAUGAUGCGACUGUGGCAAUCAUUGCCCAGAAGCAAGAUGUUGCCCGCCUGAAGGCUGUGGCUGACAAGCACCCAUUCUACAAGUACAACAAUGUCUGGUCGCGGGAGCUGCAGAACCUGGUCUCUUCCAUUGAGCUGUGUGCUUGGCUUGGUGGACUCCAGGAGCACAAGGGACCUGACUCCACCUCGUUCAUGACUGUCGAGGAUGUCGGAAAGUUCCUAGAGGUCCCUGUCAACCUGAAAGAGCAAGACGCCUUCCACCUGACCAUCGAAGAGUAUCUCCUGGCGCUGAUCUCCAUGGUUGAAGAACUGUCUCGUCUGGCUGUCAACUCUGUUACCCUUGGUGACUACGAACGGCCCAUGCAAAUCGGCAACUUCAUCAAGGAGCUUUUCGCUGGGUUCCAGCUGCUGAACUUGAAGAAUGAUAUCCUCCGCAAGCGUAGCGAUGGAAUCAAGUACAGCGUCAAGAAGGUUGAAGACGUUGUGUACGACCUUUCGUUGCGCAAUCUUAUUCCCAAGGGUAGCGCUGCGUGA